UUUCCAGCGCCCAGGGUUUCACAGUGACGAGAGUGCCUUUAUUGAGAACGAGGAACUUGUAUCUAUUGUUUCAGGCAUGCUAUGCAUUUGUGCUCAACAAUUAACUCAGGUGAACAUUCAAGUCUACAAACUUAAAUUUGUUUUUAGGCCUUAACAAUGCGCCGUACAGUAUUAAAACACGAUGUAGUAGUCAAUCGUUAUAGUUUAGCAGAGGCUACCCAAACUAGGGAUGCUUUAGCCAAGUGUCUCUACAAUGCUUUAUUCCAUUGGAUUGUUUUGAGGAUUAACCAUUCUCUCUUUCGGAAGGAAUCUGCUACGGCGAACAAAGCAAAUGGACUUUACAUUGGAAUUUUGGAUAUUUUUGGGUUUGAGGAUGUUGGGGGGAAUUGUAAUUCAUUCGAGCAAUUAUGCAUUAACUAUGCUAAUGAAAGGCUUCAAGCCUAUUUUAACCAACACAUUUUCCAAUUUGAACAGGAAAUUUAUAUGAAAGAGAAUAUUCGCUGGACACCUAUACAAUAUACAGACAACACGGAAUGUGUUGAAAUGUUUUCUAGCAAGCCUUAUGGACUUCUUAGACUUGUGGAUGAGGAGAGCAAUAUAAACAAUGGUACUGAUCAGUCAAUGCUUGAAAAAUUAAAUACCUUUUUGCGAACAAAUGAGUAUUACGAAGUCCCCCAUAAAAGAGAAGCUGCAUUUAUUAUUGCCCAUUAUGCCGGGAAAGUCAAAUAUCAAAUUUAUGGUUUUCGAGAGAAAAACAAGGAUUUAAUGCGGCAUGAUGUAAUGAACGUUCUUAAAGGAAGUAAAAGCGCUUUUGUUAGGGAAUUGGUUGGGGAAGAUCCUGUAGCUGUUUUUAGAUGGAGUUUGUUGCGCUGUACGGUGCGAGCAAUGUUCGCAUUUCGACAGGCUGGAAGGACAAAAUUAAGAGCAGGCAGUGUUGACAGACUAGAAUUGACAACUGCCCAAACCCCUUCAAUGGCCCGUCGUUCCUCCGACUCUCAUCUAAAUGCCUUUCUACGUGGCGAACUACCAGCUAGCAUCGUUCCCGAUUUCUGCGAUAUUUCUGUAUUCAAAACCAUCAAGGAAAGGGCUCGAAAGACUCCAACAAAAUCCCACAGCCUACGCUUAUCCUACCUAAAAACCCUACAAGCUUUGAAAGGCGCAGUAGGCCAAAAGGCUAUUCCAAACAAGCCCAGCUCUGUCAGCCGCCAAUUUGGUGCAUCCCUCUCUAGAUUGAUGAAAACUUUGGGGCAGGCUACCCCCUACUUUAUUCGGUGCAUAAAAUCAAAUAAUGAGAAAGUCCCCAAUCACUUUGAUGAUAAUAUCAUACUUCGUCAAUUACGGUAUACUGGAAUGCUGGAGACCGUACGUAUUCGCCGUGCUGGUUAUUCUGUUCGGAUUGAAUAUGAAUCCUUUGUCAACCAAUAUCGCAUACUGUUGCCUAAGGGUCUGGCAUCAACAAAAAGUGAUAUCCAAGAAUUUAUGCGUUGUAUACCCAUAAUAGACUCUGAGGAGAAUAUACAAUAUGGAAAUACAAAAAUAUUUAUGAGGGACCCAGAAAAGUUAUUACUUGAUGAUCAUCUACAUAGAAUUAUAAUGGAAAAAAUUUUAACCUUGCAAAGAUGGAUUAGAGCUCAAUUGGAGCAUAAACGCUACAAAAAGUUUAGAGCAGGCGUGAUUAAAUUACAGGCUCUAACUCGAGGUGUUUUGGCUCGAAUUAAAAUGCAACGGAAACAUGCUGCUGUUAUUUGUAUCCAAUCUUGGUGGAGGAAAAUUGUUGCACAACGAAAGUAUAGAAUAAUAAGGCAUACUGUAUUAGGAAUACAAUCACUAGCCAGAGGAAAUGCUCAAAGAAAAUGUUUGGAAGAGCGCCGAGCUUCAAAAGAAAACAAGUCAAGUUCCCCUCGCCCUAUGAUCACCCGUAUUACCAAAACAACGUUGCCAAAAUUGGAUAUUAAUGAUCCUGAAAGUUUGGCAGCCUUUGCUUCUCCUGAUUCUUUUGAUUCAAGAGAGUUGGACGAUGAACUUCUCCUUUCUAUAGGGGAGGAAGAAGAAUCCGAUGAAGAUGAGGAAGAGGAGGAGGAAGACGGGGAGAGGUUGGAAGAAGAAAUGUUUGAGCUUGAUGAUGAGAAGUUGGCAAAGCACAAAAGAGAGCAUCCCGAACUUGCACUAGAUGCAGACUUCAUUUUGGAAGAUGCCCGUCUUAAACUGAUCCAAUCCCAUUCUUACGAGGCCAAAAGAAAAAUGAUGCAAAGGAGGCAAUCUUUAGCCGCUACUUCUGCUAGAAAGCAUAAAAUGCUGCGGCGGGCAGCUAGUACAGAAAGCGACCAAAUCCAAGAUUCGUCGUGUAAAGCUAAAGUAAUUCCAAGUUCAAUCUCAAAAGUUGGUCCAAAAGCAAAAAACAGCUUUUUAAAAGCCACAAAGCAAAUUAAAGCUCUUCUCAAAAAAGCUGGAAGGCAGGGGGCUGUUGAUGUUGGGGGAGAAGGAGGGCAUUUUGAAUUUGAUGCAAUACCUUCUGCUUCUACAAGAAGGCAAUAA